AUGGGAUCGGCGUUGAAAGACCUUGAAUCCCUUCGUCAGACGGGAGAAGUACAGGAUUACGUUAACUCAUUGCUGGUACUUAUGAAAAAGGCCAAAAUCACGGAAUACCCAGCAUGCCUCCAUUACUUUAAACUUGGACUAUCCCGCCGACUUCUCGAGCGAAUCAUGAAUGUCAACCCACUCCCCACCGAUAUGGAAGGGUGGUACAAGAAGGCGGUUGAAAUUGACAACCAAACCAAGUCAAUGCAGAUGUAUACAAAAUUCCAGAACAGUUGCCCUAGCGGACAGCAGCAGAAGCAGGGGCAACAACAGAGGAAGGGACCCAUCUACACACGAGACCCUAAUGCUAUAGACGUCGACCGCAUGUCGCAAGAAGAACGCGACAGGCACAUCAAAGGAGGACUCUGCUUUGAGUGCCAUCAACAAGGACAUCGCUCACGUGAUUGUCCUAAGAAGAAGCCAAAGAACCCCGGAAACACUUCAGGAACACGCAAGGAGAUACAGGUCGAGGAAUCCAAAGGGGAACCCUCAACCUCAAAGAUAGAAGACGUUGAAGAAGACACCGCAUCAGUCAAAAGAACGACCAUUUCCAACAGUGACGUCUCCGAAUUACUCCAGGAGUUACGAAAGAUGCAGAAGGAACGUAACGACUGGAUCAGGAAACUAGAAGGAUCGGAUUUUGGAUCCGACGGGCUGUAA